AUGGCGUUCGGUCUCGCGUUGCUUGCAUUUGCGCUGAGCGGUUGGCUAGCCAAGGUGACGACUGUUGAGAGCCGCAUCUGUGCUGUUGGUCGAGGAGAUCAAGGUGGGAAACAUGCCAUGGCUCUGGCUUUGUUUCUGCCAGAUGCCCAGCUCAAGCAUGCCCCCCCUGCAGCGCAUGACGCCGCUCGCGGAGUUCUUGCGCUGGUGGUGAAGCUUCCACUGCCGUUUGCGGUUCUCGUUCUGCCAGGAUCAGCAGCCACGACUACAGAAUGCUCUGCACUGUAUCUACGCAGGAUUUUGGAGCCUGCUGUGCUUGAAUCCAGUCUGCUAACAGGAGCUGUAGUAUUGGCAACUGGUUCAACAUUCUCAUAUCUCAUUCGUGGCCGCAAACAAGGCAUGAAGCGAGUUAAUGAUGACGAUGAAGAAGAACGGGGAUGGAUGGCUUUAUACGGCGAUGUUUUCAGACCACCUCCACUUGGCGGUGCGCUUGGUCUCAUGGUUGGUGCAGGGGUUAGCACGAUGCUAACAGAACUGGCCGAAGGACUCUACGGCCAUAGCUUCUUUUCCGACUGUUUGGCAGUGGCCUGUGCCAGUUUCUGCCUGGGGAGGUUGCAUGGAGCUCUGGGGACAAGCUGUCAUGCUGCCUUCGUGGCGAGCAUUUUGGUGGUCCUUUUGCAGAUUGCUGUGUACCUUGACGAGCUUCGCGCUUUGCAGACGAACCUGCGAGUGACAUGGUUCGUCGCGCUGCACGGGUUCGCCUUCGUGGGUGUUCACACAGGCUGCCAGUUCAGUGCUCUGCGGCCGAACGGAUUCUUCACCGGAUUCAAGAAGAUUCAUCGAGUGAUUCCGCACUCUCCACUUUCCCAGCUGGCCCCUCUUUUUGGAGAAGCAGCCCUGAUGGUGUGGAUUGGCAUGGCCAGCUACUCGUACUGGCCGUCCCAGCUUUUCCAAGUGCCAGCGUCGGUAAGUGCUACACUGGCAGUGGUGUGCUCUCAACUAUCAUUGCUGAUGAUACAUCGCAGGCUUACCCAGGAAGAUUAUCGCUGGUGGUGGCUGUCGUACUGUUACGGAGCUUUCAUGUCCUUCUGCUUCGAUGCCUUCCGUGUUUGGACUGAUUGCGAGGAUCAGGCACGCUCUGCCUGCGGUGUGGCUUUGCUUGGCUCGCUGCAGAAUGCCCUCAUUGCUGGAAGCACAUCUUUUCUGAUGAAUUUGAGGAGCGGCGCGAGAGUUGGCACAGCAGGUCUCUGGAUGGACAUGCGCAGAAGGAGCCACGGCGCUCGGCUGGACCAGCUGGGCAGGCACGGUUUCAACUGCCAACAAGCCGUGGACGAGCUCUCAUCGUUGCCAAAGAGGCACUAUGAGACUGGAUACGUGUUGGAUUUGGUGGGGUUAAGUCAUUUUGAGUCAGCGGACUACAAGAAGUCCGAGCUGGCAUACAACCAGGCUUGGAGAGUAGAGCCUCAUCGAGUUGAAGGACUUGAGUACUACUCCUCUGCCUUGUGGCACCUUCGCAGAGAUGUGGAGUUGUGUAGACUGGCGCAGCAAUGUUUACAGUGGGACCGCCUGAGACCUCAAGUGUGGUGCGUGGUCGGAAACUGCUUCAGUUUGCAGAAAGAGCACGAUGCUGCCAUCAAGCUCUUUAAGCGUGCCAUCCAGGUCGAUGCCAACUUCACUUAUGCGUACACACUGUGCGGCCAUGAGUUCGUGGCCAGCGAGAAAAUAGACAAGGCCGUUGCGAUGUACGAGAACGCCUUGAACCUCGACCCCCGGCACUACAAUGCCUGGUGGGGUCUCGGCAACAUCUACCAUCGCCAAGAGGAACAUGAGAAUGCAAAGUACCACUUCUACAAGGCCCUCCAAGUGAAUGCGAGCAACUCUGUCCUUAGAUGCUACCUGGGCAUGGUGCUAAGCGCGUUAAAACAGCCGCUGCUGGCCCUUGACAGCUUCGACCAGGCAGCUCAGGCAGAGCCACAAAAUGGCAUGGCGUACUUCCAGAAAGCAUGCGUCCUCAUAAGCUUGGAUAGACACGAAGAAGCCCUUGCUGACCUGAAGAAGGUGCGCUGCUUGGCUCCCAAGGAGGCAUGCGUGCACUUCCAGCUAGGUAAGGUCUACAUGAAGCUGCAGAAGGACAGGAAAGCUCUGUACCAUUUCAACAUCGCCAUGGACUUGAAUCGAGACUCCAAGGAUUACCACACCAUCAAAACUCACAUCGAGAAGCUUCACAUCCGCGGCAUCAGCGAGGAUUCCACGGGUGAAGCAUCAGCCGGCGCAGGUGCUCACAGGAUCAUGAGCGCUGCCCCACCAGUUCUGGUGACCGGUGGUCUUUCCUCCCCUGUGGCUGCACAGCAGCUGUACGGUCUCAGCCCUGGCUCCCGCCCGGGCUCAGAGGCGCCACAAACACCAGCGGUGCGAGGUGUUGCAGGCGGCUUUUGGAGCGCGAGCGCGAGUGGUAGUGGAGGUCCCCCCGAACGCGUUCGAGCCUAUCCCGUCACAGCCCAACGUGGUCGUGGCAGCCCCUUGUCUUGGGGAGGCAGCCCGGGCAAUGGCCUUCAAGGCUCCAGUGGAUUUCGCAUCUGA